AUGCCAUUCGAGGAGAGUCCCAACUCCUUCCUCUUUGGACUCAACCAGUUCACAUCUCCUGCCGCCGACUCACAGAACGACAGCGGAAACAACUCGCGCUCCGACAGCAUGCUCGCCAAUCUUGACGCUUUCGCCGUUGCCGACGACGUCGCCGGCGGCUCCACACACAACGAUGCUAACGGCGGUCAGGCACCCAACUUUGCCGAUCAACUAGCUCUGUGGACCAACGCCAACUUCAGUUUUGACGGUCCCACCGGCCACGCCUUGCUAGGCGAUGAAGAAAAGGAAAAGGAGGAAGCAGAGCACAACCGACGACGCGAAGACGAGAACCGUCGCAACCAGGAGGAGGAGCGAGAGAGGCUUGCGAGAAAUGCCGCUGCAAGCUCUCGAGGAAGCCAUGCACUUCGCGGCAAGGCUCGUGAGGUAGACUCGAAUGCUUCAGGAUCCGCCCAGCCGUAUCCACCCUCAUCUCAGCCGCACACGCCCUCGCCGCACCCGUCGCAGCAACAGCAGCAGCCGCAUCAGUCCUAUUUCCCCGGUGCGCCAAACUUCAAUGCAUCGGUGCGACCAUCGCCUGCGACCAACCCUCCCGCGCCGGGUGUUGGUGGUGCUUUCCAGCUCUUUAACGGUUUCCCGCAUCUCCAGCACUCCGGUGGUCAUGCUGGUCAAAACCAGCAACCUUCAUCGCAGCCUGGCUUCGGCGUUUCGGGCCCGCUUGACAUGACGUCUGCCCUUGCUCUGCAGCACCUCUUGGCUAGCAAUCCGCUCGCCCUCGCCAGCUUGAGCCAACUCGCGGGCCUCACCAACCCACAAUUGCAGUCCCAUCUGGCUGGAAUCGUAAACGGAGGCGCUGGAGUAAACGGUUUCAAUCCAGCUCAGCAGCAGGGUGGUGCACCGCAGCAGCACGCCCAGCAGACGCAUGCCAACGGUCCAGUCGGCGCUGGGCCAUCUCCCUGGCUCGCUACCUCUCGCAAUGGUAGCAUCAGCGGUCCGUCGCCUCAGAACGUUAAUUGGGGUCCACAGCUCAGCGGCAGCGGUCUAUCGGCUGCUUCACCUGCUCAGAACCCUGCGGCCAAUCCCUCUGGUGUCAAUGGUCAGGUCAACGGCACGGGGCCGCACUCGAGCUCGGGAGACAACUCUACGAACAGCACUGAUGCAGCCAGUCGGCAAGCUGAUGAGGCGGGCGCGUCUGCCUCAGGAUCAGGCUCUGCGCCCUCCAAGAAGAAGCGCACCAGCACAUCCGAGGGCAAAAGAGCCCAGAUCGAAGCCGACGCCGAAGACUCGGACGAGACCUUCGGCCGCCUCGAAGACAUUGAGCGACGCUACGAGAUCCCACCGCUCAAGCUCAUCGACACGGGUAAUCCGGAAGCCGACGCUGAGGCGAAUCGUCUGGCGAUCGAAGAAGACAAGCGCAGACGCAAUACGGCCGCAUCGGCGCGUUUCCGUAUCAAGAAGAAGCAGCGAGAGGCCGCACUCGAGCAAGCCGCCAAGGAGCUCCAGCAGCGUUUGGCUGAUCUCGAGGCCGAGAACGCCCGUCUGCGAACCGAGAACGGAUGGCUGAAGAGCCUGAUCACCGUCCGCCCGGACCAAGCCAUGCCGGGUGGUCUGGAUCAGAGCGCUGUGCCCAACCCGUUUUCGAACAUUGCCGGGCCAAGCGGCAGUGGCAGCGCGCAGCUCCAGCACGGAUCGGGGCCUUCGACCGCUCAUGCUUCUCCCGUACCCAAUGGCGAUUCGCAUUUCAGCACGGACACGCCCGAUCGUCAGAGUGGUUUGCAUCCGCGUGGCGUCGGCACUUCUGAUGAUCCUGCUAGGACGAAAGGUGGCUCAUCUGGCAAGAACGGCAAUGCGAACGGCAGUGCGCUGCUCAAGCGUGAUCGCGAAGACUGA